GUAAUUGCUGGAAUACCUGGGCUUUCAGUUGGAGUAAGCGUGGAUGGGCGGACAGUUUGGCGCGAAGGUUUUGGAUUCGCUAAUAUAGAGAGUGGAAGUCGUUGCACAGCAGAUUCAAUAAUGCGGAUUGCCAGUAUAAGCAAAUCAAUCACGGCGUCCAUCACAGCCAGGCUUGUGCAAGAAGGAAAGCUCGAUCUGGAUAAACCAAUACAAACGUACUUGCCGGAAUUCCCAAAGAAGAAAUUUGAAGGCAAAUAUGUGGAUAUAACAACAAGGCAGUUGCUCUCACACACUGGUGGCAUACGCCACUACAGAAAGGACUCAAAGGACGAGUCAAAGAAGGAUUUUGAGGACCUCACAAACAGCAACACUGAGGAGAAAGAGUUCCUCUCCAAUGUACCAUAUACGACGGUGACCGAAGCAUUGGAAUUGUUCAAGGACGAUGAUCUUGUAGCAAAACCAGGGAGAGAGUUCAGAUACACGACGUAUGGGUUUACUCUGGUCAGUGCUGUUCUAGAAAAAGUCUCAGGAAUGGAAUUUAAGAAGCUUCUUGAGGAUCUGACAUCUCGAUUAGAAAUGAACCACACCGUUCUCGAUGUCAAUGAACGUAUUAUCCCACAUCGAACGAAGAACGUAUUCAAGCAUACUAUUUUUGCCAUUAUCACUUCAGAAGUUAUCGCAAAUGCAUUCUUAAAGAAAGAAAUCGUGAAACAGCUAUGGAAAGGAGAAAUUUCUGUGAAUAGCAAGACGCUGGCUGGCCUGGGAUGGAUGUGCACAGAUUACAGUGAUUUUGAUGGAAUACACAGAAAAGGAUGUGGUCUCUGGUACCACACAGGCGGAGCUGUGGGCGCAUCUUCGGUUCUGCUCAUCCAUCCAAGGAACACGCAAGCCCACGAACGCAAUGCUCCAUCCGGAGUAUGUGUAGUUAUGUUAUGCAAUCUACAAGAUAGCUCGCUGCUCAAUUUGGCUAAAGAAGUAGAGCAAAUAUUUAGAAAGUAA